AUGGACGUCUUCGUGUUUCCUUGCCCUGAGUGGCUCUCCUCGCUCUCCUUCGUUCAGUCAUUCUCCAAGGCCCUUAAUCUCCCUACCCUCCCGGCCCAUAUCCAUUAUAUCCUCUUGGCCUUUUGUACGUAUCAUUCGAUAUUUCUGUUCGUCUCGCCCUUUUUCUCGCGCCUUCUCCUGCCAAACAUAUACCCGAAUUUCAACAAGCGCACGAAGGUCAACUGGGACGUCCACGUGGUGUCGUUCAUCCAGAGUACCUUCAUCAGCAUCUUUGCAAUCUGGGUCAUUUUCAACGAUGAGGAGCGCGCCGCAUGGAGAGAGCAAGGGAACACGGAUGCCAUGCUUGGGAGGGUAUUCGGGGAAACCCCCAUGUGCGGCGCCGUCACGGGUUAUGCUGCGGGCUACUUUUUGUGGGAUCUGUUCAUGAGUGGCUACUACCUGAGCAUCUUUGGCCCAGGAUUUCUGGCACACGCCGCGAGCGCUGUUGCAGUAUACAGUCUCGGAUUUCGUCCAUUUGUAAACUUCUAUGCGCCUGUCUUUGUCCUCUUCGAGCUCUCCAGUCCUUUCCUCAACAUUCACUGGUUCUGCGAUAAGGUCGGACUUACGGGCUCCAAGGUCCAAUUAUACAACGGAUUCCUCCUGAUCGGUACAUUCUUUGGCUGCCGUAUAUGCUACGGUACCUGGUCCAGUUUCCUGGUCAUGAAGGACGUGUGGAGCACCCACUUUAACCCACCUUCAGUUUUAACCGCUGCGGCAAAGGGCGCCGAUGAAGCGAUCCCACAUGUGUUUGAAGGACUCGGUGUGCCGUUCUGGUUGGCUGUGGUGUACUUGACAUCGAACAGCAUCUUGAACUUGUUGAACUACUUUUGGUUCACCAGGAUGAUCCAGACCGUCGCCAGCCGAUUUACCGGGGACAAGAAGGCGGUCAAGGAGGUGAACAUUGAGAGUCAUGACCUCAAGGUUGCGUCUGGGAUCGAGAAGCCGGCGGCGAGGAAGAGGAAGGCGUAG